UGGCUGUCAGACAUGUGCAAGAGGAUGCUCACUGUGGAAGAUGUGAACUGCAUCUGUGUAGACUGGAAAAGAGGUGCAAGGUGUCAGUACACUCAGGCAUCCAACAAUGUCCGUGUUGUAGGUGCUGAGAUUGCCUAUUUUGUAGAUGUUCUUAUGGAAGAAUAUGGAUACUCUCCAGCUGAUGUUCAUGUAAUUGGCCACAGCCUUGGAGCACAUGCUGCUGGUGAGGCUGGCAAGAGGAGGCCAGGGAUUGGAAGAAUAACUGGACUGGACCCUGCUCAACCUUAUUUUCAAGGCACUCCAAUUGAAGUCAGACUGGAUAAAUCCGAUGCAGAUUUUGUUGACAUUAUCCACACAGACUCAGCUCCCACAAUCCCCAACUUAGGUUUUGGCAUGAGCCCAGCUAUAGGACACAUUGACUUCUAUCCAAAUGGAGGGAAGCAAAUGCCAGGCUGUGGGAAGAACCCUGUUUCACAGAUCGUAGAUCUCGAUGGCAUUUGGGAAG